UGGUAUCGAAAGGAAGUUGUGUUUAUUCCAAAUAAGUCCGAUUCCAGCGGAGAUGCAGUCACGCAGCAAGUCCGAUAUGAAGCCCAUUCGAAAGGAGAUUCUUAAUCCGGGCAACGCUUACAUCGAGCUAACCCCGGGCACCAGGGUGAAGUUCCACUUCCAAACGCGAAGGGCCGGAGACAGUCGCAUCAUCGAUGACAGCCGCAAGAUGGAGAAGCCCAUGGAACUGGUCCUGGGGAAGAAGUUUAAGCUGGAGGUCUGGGAGCUGAUUGUGCAGCAGAUGUCCCUUAACGAAGUGGCCAAGUUCACGGUGCAUAAAUCGCUCUGCUCUCAAUAUCCGUUCAUAUCGAAGACCCUGCGGGACAUUGGCAAGAAACCAGAGGAGAGACGUCACUGCUGCGGAAUGACGUUGCAGAACGAGGGCAUUGGGUACACCGACCUGGACGAGUUGCUGCAAAAUCCUGCCGAACUAGAGUUUAUCAUUGAACUGAUCUCCAUUGAGCUGCCCGAGCAGUACGAAAAGGAGCGCUGGCAGAUGUCCGACGAUGAGAAGAUGCUGGCCACCAGUACACUCCGCGAACGGGGAAACAACUUCUACAAGGCCAGCCGGUUCACUGAGGCAGAGACCUGCUACCGCGAGGCCGUCGGCAUUGUGGAGCAGCUGAUGCUGAAGGAGAAGCCGCACGACGAGGAGUGGCAGGAGCUGGCGGCCAUCAAGACACCGCUGUUGUUAAACUACGCGCAAUGCCGGUUGAUCGCCGGUGACUUCUACGCUGUGAUUGAGCACUGCAACGAGGUGCUCACCCUGGAUCCGCGCAAUGUGAAGGCACUUUUUCGGCGUGCCAAGGCCCAUGCGGGUGCCUGGAAUCCAGCUCAGGCACGUCGCGACUUCCUCGACGCUUUGGCCCUGGACGCCAGUCUGAAGUCGACUGUUUCUAAAGAGCUUAAGUCCAUCGAGGACCAGCAGCAGGCCCGUAACGUCCAGGAUCGCAUUCACAUGCAGAAGCUCUUCUAGAACAUAAGUUGCGUCAACGUGCUGCUCAUGCUGCUUGUCUAUUGGAGCAGCUACCUGCAGCGCUAGCAGUUCUUGUCACUACCUUCUUUUCUUUCGCUGGCCGUCAGCUUCGCCCACUGUCUCGUGCUGCUUUGUUCGAUGGCGAACCUAUUCCUCUGCUGCUGGACCCUCACGAAGCUACUGCGAGCACUGCAGGGGAUCAGCUGGUGAUUUUGCGACAACAUAACACAAUCAACUACGGUACCAUACCACCUCAUUUUGUGAGAACUGCAUUUCAGAGCACUAUUUGCCAUACUCAUCCUUCGCCUCGACUCACAUUCAACGGUGUAGGCUAAAGGGUUUAAAUAUAAUGUAAAUGUACCAUCCACAUGCUUGAAUGGAAUUGUAAUCGUGUGUAUAUGGAAUGCAACAUGUUGUUUGCGUAGCGUUACCAAAAAUAGUAAUCAAAUGUUUCACAUUUGUUGUCCAUAGUCGUAUAUGUAUGUUUGUAUUUGUAUAUCCCUAUAUGCGAUAUUUAUUCGUAGCUAGAAUCUAUCCUAAAUCUAGACAAAUUGUAUAAGAUGUAAUAAAUGUGCUUUUGAUGCUGUCUAA